AUGUUCAAGGAGGAGGACUCUUUAAGAAAGGGGCAGAAUGUGGCCGUAUGGGAAACUUUAUUGGCAGGUGCCAUGUCUGGGCUCCUAGCCCGGACUGUGACGGCUCCCAUGGAUACCAUCAAGAUCAGGUUGCAAUUGACCCCGGCAAAUGGGAUGAAGCCCUUCGGGAGCCAAGUUCUGGAGGUGGCCAAGGGCAUGAUAAAGAACGAAGGCAUCCGGGCCUUUUGGAAAGGAAAUAUACCCGGUUCAUUGCUGUACAUCACCUAUGGAGCGGGACAGUUUAGUUCGUACUCGUUUUUUAACACAUGCUUGGAACCGUUCGGGCUGGGGGCCCGGUUACACAGCCUUGUUGUUGGGGCCCUAGCCGGGAUGACCAGCUCCUUUCUAUCCUACCCGUUUGACGUGCUGCGCACUCGGCUAGUGGCCAACAACCAGAUGCAGUCCAUGACCAUCACAAGAGAGGCGCGAGACAUCUGGAAGCUGGAGGGCCUCCCCGGAUUCUUCAAGGGCUCCAUCGCGUCGAUGGCCACCAUCACGGUGACCGCAUCGAUAACAUUCGGGAUAUACGAGACAAUCAAGAUAUACUGCGACGAAAAGGAAAACACGGCAACGGCAGGUACCAAAUGGAAGCUGUCCGCUCUGAACCACAGCGCCGGUACCAUUGGCGGGGUUGUCGCCAAGAUCUCCACCUUCCCCUUGGAGACGAUCCGCAGACGGAUGCAGUUCAUGAACUCGAAGCACCUGGAGAGGUUUUCGAAGCAUUCCGAUGUAUACGGCUCCUACAGAGGGUCCGGCUUCGCAAGAAUCGGCCUGCAGAUACUGAAACAAGAGGGGGUAACCUCGCUCUACAGAGGCAUCCUCGUAGCCCUCUCGAAGACAAUACCCACCACUUACGUGAGUUUCUGGGGGUACGAAACGGCCAUCCACUACCUGCGCCGAUGCUAA